UGAAAGCGCGCUACCGGAAGUCACCAGUCCUAAACAAAAAAAACAAACACUUCCUCCUUCAGUUGUUUCCCACGGCGCGUCUUCUCCGCCUCUCAGCCCGCGUCUGCAUCACCCUUCCCCCGGUUCUUCGGCUCCGGUCCGUCCCCGCAAAAAAUGUCCCUGAACACCCGCGCCAUCCACGAGCAGCUGUCCGCCAUCAUGUCCACGCUGUCCCGGGCCGCGCUGACCCAGAUGUGCGCCGCCGUGGACCAGGGCUUCUCCGCGCUGCACGCAGAGCUGCUCCGCCAGCGCCGGGACAACGACGAGCUCCGGAAAAAACUGCACCUCAUCCAGUCCAUCGUGGUCCACAGCGCCGGGGGAGGAGGUGGAGACGGGCCCGCCGAGGAGAGGGCGCUGGAGGCGGGCGGCGGCGGCGGAGGAGGAGCAGCGGGGCCCGGGGCGCAGCAGCAGCACAAGCCCGGGGAGCCGCACACACAGCAGGAGCAGGGACCAGCUGGAGGUGCGGGUGCAGAGGAGCCGCAGGUGGUGAAGGCGCCGGAGCAGGAGGAGGUGGAGAUCAAACAUGAAGAGCCGAGCUGUGGAGGUGCAGUGGAAGAAGAUAUGCAGCGAGUGGACAGCAGAGGAGCUCCCACGCCCAGUGCGGACCACAGCGCCCCCGUGAGGACACCUUCUCCUGAGGCGGGCUCCAGCUCCGGCGCGCCUGGGAACACCUCCACGUUCAAGUGUGAACUGUUAAACUUGGACCUCCAAGUGGUGGAGCAGCAUCUGUCGGAGCCACCGUCAAUCUGUGGACCGAUCUUCUGCUCUUCAUCAGUGGUGGGCACCCAGACUCAUGCUCAGAAGGUGGAGGUGCCCGCUGCCUGGAGCAGUCCGUUUGGGAGCUACCAGCCGGAGAACAGUGACGCCUUUGGGCUGAAGGUCGUCAGUGUGAGCGGGAACCUGUCAGAAAACUCUACUUUAGAUUUCAAUAACAUGAUGCCAGGGUUUGGGCAGAGCUCAGAGGAGAAGUCAGCAGUGAGACCCAGAGGCAGGGGCAGGGGCAGAGGAUUGGGUGUGAAGCGCUACGUGUGCACCAUCUGUCAGAAGGUCCUGACCACCGCACAGGCCCUGGAGUCCCACAUGAGGAUCCACACUGGGGAGAGACCCUUCAAGUGUGAAGAGUGUGGGAAGAGGUUCACACAGGCAUGCCACCUCAAGUCCCACGGCCUCAGUAUCCAUGGCAACCCGCCUCACCCGUGCCCUAUCUGCGGGCGCGGCUUCAGCUCCCUGGGGACCAUGCAGACGCACAUGAAGAGGUGGCACCCAAACUAGGACUCAGUCAGGACUAAAACAGAUCCAAAUGGGAGAGUUGCACCACGUCUAGUCAGGGUCUAUACUGUGGACUCAAAUCGAAUUUAUCGGAUAAUGGCUCGAGUGGAAAAUGCUCAAAGUUUUGUAUGGUGCUCACCUGUGCUCCCGAGUGCACAGAGUGAUCAGACUUCAGCUCUCACACUUCUCCUUUGGCUGUUUCCAGAGAAAUGACUAAACCCUGUCACCAGUUUAGUGACCCUGAUCUACGUCAUAAGAGCUGUUCGUGUGUCAUAUGGAGUUCCGUUUUUGGUAGACACACGUUUGUUGCAGCGGACCCUCAGUUUUUUUUCUUCCUUCUCCCGUUUUAAAGAGCCUUGUGAUCACCAAGUGUUCAAAAAAAAUGUUUGACUUUUUUAUAUUACAUUUUAUUUUUGUUUGUACUGUUUUUUUUAAGUGAAAUAUGAAGUUUUUAUUGAAAGUAUUUUAACUUUCUAUGACGACGCGGAGCAUUGUCUCUGCCAAACAGGACAUAAGCUUUCAGGGAAACACAUGGACGGCGUCUCUGUCUGUCCCACAUACACACUACUGAAUCCUGCUCUGAAGAUUCUAGUGGACAAACCCUCCUCCACCUCCUCCUCUGUGGUCUGUCUCCUCCAUCCUCCUAUCAGGACAAAAGGGACGUCUGCACUCUGUCCUGUGUCCCACACUCUCUUCAGCGCCUCAUUAAACUGUACCAUCUUGUAUGUGCUCAUAAUCAAGGACUAAACUGGACCAGAAGUGGACUAACCGAGUCUAUGUCAGGACUAAAACUUGAAGAGCUAACACGCCCUUCGUGAACCAUGUGUGUUUUUCAAAUGGAGGAAAAAACAUGAAACAAUGAACUGAUUUAAUUCACAGUAGAAAGAGACAGAGGCUGGGCUAUUUUUUAAAUAA